CUUGUCUUGGAUGAUGUUUGGAACGAGGACUCUAGUAACUGGGCUAUGCUACAAACUCCACUCAAAGGCGGGGCAAAGGGAAGCAAGAUUGUUGUAACGACCCGCAGCACCAAUGUUGCAGCAGUUAUGCGCGCUGUUUAUUCUCAUUGUCUUGAUGAACUAUCCUCUGAAGAUUCCUGGUCUCUGUUUAGAAAACUCGCAUUUGAAAAUGGAGACUCGAGUGCGUAUCCACAACUAGAAGCAAUUGGUAAGAAGAUUGUGGACAAGUGCCAAGGUUUGCCACUAGCUGUAAAAGCAGUGGGGGGCCUUUUACAUUCUGAGGUUGAAGCGAGGAAAUGGGAUGAUAUACUAAACAGCCAAAUAUGGGAUUUGUCCACUGAUACAGUUCUUCCUGCAUUGAGAUUGAGUUACAAUUAUCUGCCUUCACAUCUAAAGCAAUGUUUUGCCUAUUGCUCAAUUUUUCCCAAGGACUACGUAUUGGAGAAAGAGAAGCUAAUUUUGUUAUGGAUGGGUGAGGGUCUUUUACAAGAAUCAAAAGGCAAGAGAAGAAUGGAAGAGGUCUUGGCUAUGAUGAGAAAUUUCCAUGUACACUAUGCACCACACCCCACUUUUCAGGACCAGGAGGUCCAUUCAGGCUCUCAUUGUUCAUCUCAGCAGAGUCAGAUGUUUGUUUGAAAAGAAAAUUACCAAAGUUCAGGUGAAGGUCUAUACAUUUGAGAUUCCCAUGAAGAAUGUUGUAAUUCGAUUUAUUCGAUUUUGAGAGCUUUUGUAGUUCUAUUUGCCAUUUUGAUGUUGGUACUAUUUGAAGAGGGUGGUAGACUAUAACUCCCUCAUUCAACCUUCGAAAUUUUGUAUAGGAAAGAUGUUGUAUUGACCUUAUUCACUUCUUCAUGCAAUGAAAA